UACGAGCCCUGGCGGAUCCCAUCGUGAACGCUUCGGUUGACCUGUACUUCAGGAUGAGCACUGACCUGCUCCCCACGCCCGCCAAGUCCCACUACGUGUUCAAUCUCAGGGACCCGUCCAAAGGGGUCCAGGGUGAGGGAGAUGACGGCUUGUUGGACAAACAGAGAAGUUUAAUCGGCCCUGGGGGCUAAAGGGGGGGGGGGUUAAAAACUAAGUUUCCGACUAACUGAUUACACGCACCUCACUUUGACUAAACCUUAUUUUUACUCUAACAAACACGUGGCUAAGUCUGAGCAGACCCAGUUUUAACCAUCAGCAGACAAAAUAAAUCAUGACUACGCAUUGAUUGAUUUAGGUCACAAUUAUGUGAGCCUUGAUUGAUAUGAAAUUAAGUGUUAGGGUGGCUAUGGUUUCAGGAAAUGUGUGCGUGUGAUAUUUCAGGAAGGUGUACAUAUGAUAUAUCAGGAUUAGUAUAUAUUUGAUGUUUCAAGAAAGUAUAUAUUUGAUAUUUCAGGAAGGUACGCACAUCAUAUUUCAGGAAAAGAUAUAUUUGAUUUUUCAGGGAAGCUAUACAUAUGAUAUAACAGGAAAGCAUAUAUUUGAUACUUCAUGAAGUUAUAUACGAUAAAUCAGUGAGGUAAACAUAUGAUAUAUCAGGAUUAUACACAUAUGAUAUGUCAGGAAAGUAUACAUUUGAUAUUUCGUUUAAGGUAUCACAUAUCAGGAAAGUAUACAUUUGAUAUUUCUGGUAAGGUAUCACAUAUCAGGAAAGUAUACAUUUGAUAUUUCGGGUAAGGUAUCACAUAUCAGGAAAGUAUAAAUUUGAUAUUUCGGGUAAGGUAUCACAUAAUAGGAAAUUAUAAAGUUGAUAUUUCAGGUAAGGUAUCACAUAUCAGGAAAGUAUCAAUUUGAUGUUGCAGGAAUAUUACAAGCCGACAUUACGAUAUUCCGGGAGAAGCCACAAAUGACCCGCCUGUUCAUUCACGAGACACAGCGCGUUUUCCACGACCGUCUCAUCAACCUGGAGGACAAGUACUUCUUCCACAGGCUCAUGUCUGAGAUCCUGGCCAAGUACUUUAAUGAGGUUAGUAGUGUUACUUCUUCCACAAGCUCAUGUCUGAGAUCCUGGCCAAGUACUUUAAUGAGGCCAGUAGUGGUACUUCUUCCACAGGCUCAUGUCCGAGAUUCUGGCCAAGUACUUUGAUGAGGUCAGUAGUGCGUUACGAGUACUUCUUCCACAGGGUCAUGUCUGAGAUUCUCGCCAAUUAUAUUAAUGAGGUCUGUAAUUAGUGUCAUAUUCAGCUAUCGGGGGGGGGGGGGGCGGGGGGGGGUCGGGGUUACUGGGUUUUGGGGUGGGGGGGGGGGGUGAAAUAUUCGUUAAUUUGGUUAAAAAUUGUUCACUGUAUUUAGAUUUGAUCUAUGGAAUAGCAUGCUAGACCCAAGAACCUUUGGUUAGCUGGAGAGGAAUCAAGAUGUUUAGGACGUCUGCACGAUGUUCGUCUGAGUUUGACGUAGGGCGGGCUGUUCUAAUUUGAAAUCGAUCUGGCUCGGAGGUUAUGUGAGCUAGUCCUCAUUGGAUACCGUGUAGUUCCCAGAUUUACUCUCUAAUCAAGAAAAAUAGUUUUGAAAACAGCUGACCUAUCACAUGGUUCGUUGUACAGUGAUACACACUGACGUCACUGUUGAGAGAGGCUGUGUGUCAAAUUCAUGUCUUAUGCCAAAAAUAAAAUAAUACAUGUAUUUGAAGCUUAUGUUUCUUAUAGGAUCAAACAUUCCCAACUGGGAAGACAUUUUCUGUACACUUUAAAAGAAAGAAUCUUGGGAUUUUACAGCUCAAAUAAAUAAUUUUUUCCCCACAUUUUUUAUAUUAUUAUAAUUGUUUUUUGUUCUUUUUUGUUGUUGUUUUUGUUGUUGUUGUUGUUGUUGUUGUUUGUUUGUUUUUUUUUUUGUUUUUUUUUGUUUGUUUUUUUGUUACUUUCCGUUUAUAUUGACAACUAGCAAUAAACACACUCUUAACAACAUGAACCUAUUGAGAUCCAAGUUUCAAUAUCCUCUUAAACCAUAUCACCCUUCCCCCUUUUUCCCCUGUUUGCUUCCCUUACUACUAGUCAGUGGAGCCCCAGACGUUUAUAACAGACCCCAUUUUGUUUGGGAACUUCAUGAGGAUGGGAUCCCCGCCGGAAGAAAGAUUUUACGAGGAGAUGAUGGACAUGAACAAGAUCAAGAGCAUUCUGUCGGAUGUAGGUUAUUGGUAGUAUACCGUUUUAAAAAAAAUUAGUCAUUUAAACUCCUUAAAAAAUAGAUCGUGUGUCUCAUUGUGUCUCGUGUGUCUCAUUGUACUCAGUUCAUAAUAUUACACAGAGUCUUAUCAUUUGAGACUUGCAUUGGAAGAGACAGACGCAAUAAAUUGGCGUUAAGCGUUUAGGAGGAUAUUUAUUUUCAAUUCCAAGCGUGUUAAUAUAUAUGAAUUGUCAGUGAAUAGUCGACGGAGAUGUCUUUCAAUCUUAAAUCGCACAGCAAGCGGGAUCAAAUGCGGCCCACGGCUUGGGUGUUGGAAAUCAUUGCUGCAAACCAGACUUUUUUUUUUUAAUAUGUCUUUGCGCUUUAAACUUAUUUCCAUUAGAAAAAUACUUAAUUUUGUUCUGGGGAAAUAGUUCACAUGAAACGCUUACAUCGUUGGACGUCAAAUGUUGGACGUGAAAUGUUGAACGUCAACUGUUGGACGUCAAAUAUUGGACAUCAAAUGUUGGACCUCAAAUGUUGUUUAAUGUUGGACGUCAAACAUUGUCAAAUGUUUGGCGAGAUGUAACGAAAUGUUAACACAACAUGUUUCGCCAUUGUAAUAUCCUACCAACCCCACCCCCUCUUUUUUUUUUUCUCAGUACCUCGACGACCUGAACAUGUCGUCCCCCAAGGAGAUGAGACUGGUCUUCUUCCUGGACGCCAUCGAGCACAUCACCAGGCUGGUCAGAAUGGUGCAGCAAGAACGAGGCAAUGCCUUACUGGUGGGGGUCGGUGGGACAGGGAAACAGUCACUGACCAGGUAUAACUGAUGUUCUUUUUGUACCUGUCGUUGUCUGGUGUAAGAAACAAGUGUUAAGAUCAGCAGCAUCAUAGAGGGGGGGGGGGGCGUACAUGGGAAACCCUCAAAGGAGGGGGUGACACCAAAUCGAAAGUUGCAAGUUUUACAGAGGAGGAUUCGCAACAGAUCUAAGAUAUGCAAAAGCAGGGUGACACGGAGCAGGUUGCCGCCAGAGCAGGUUGUCGCCGGAGCAGGUUGGUUGCCAGAGCAGUUUGGUCGCCAGAGCAGGUUGGUCGCCAGAACAGGUUGGUCGCCAGAGCAGGUUGGUCGCCAGAGCAGGUUGGUCGCCAGAACAGGUUGGUCACCAGAGCAGACAGACUUGAAGGCGGUCCAUCCUUGAAGAAGUCUGGAGGGGUGACAACCCUGAUUCUAAUGCACUUGCAGGACGUCAACGCAGGUGACGCAGCUCUCCUAUAAUACAAAGGUCGCGGUUUGAUAUUUUCAUCUGAUAAGACGUGACUGCUAUUUUGACCUAUUUAUCUAAACGGUGUGUAUGGUAGGUCGAUAGUGUUAGACCGCUCACGGGUCACUUUUUUCAUGAUUGGACCAGGUUGUCGGCGCACAUAUGCAGCUACCAGUGCUUCCAGAUUGAGCUGUGCCGAGGGUACGACUACUCGUCUUUUCACGACGACCUCAAGAAGCUCUACGAAUCUGCCGGCAUCCAGAACAAACCCACCAUAUUUCUGUUCACGGACACACAGGUAACAUCUUUGACUUAGUCACACAGGUAACAUCUUUGACUUAGUCACACAGGUAACAUCUUUGACUUGGUCACACAGGUAAAAAAAAACUUUCUUUGGUCAUCAACGGGCAAAAGGUUUCAUUGGGUGGACACACAGGUAACAUCUUUGUUUGACUUAGUCAGACAGGUGAAAAGGUUUCUUUGGCCAGAAACAGGCAACAGCCUGGGAUCAGAUGGACACAUAUGCAACAUCUUUGAUGAGACAGACGCGCGGGUAAAAGCUUUGAUUGGGUCAUGCACACCGAUAACAGCUUGGAUUGGCUAGACACACUGGCAACAGACUAGAUCGGUUUUAGACACAUGGGCAACAGGCUUAGUUGCCAUGGCUAGACGCAAGGGUGAAAGUCGUGAUGGUCUAUACACACAUGUAACAGCUUGUUUUAUUUUCCAUGUUAUUAUUUUUUUCCGGGUGAUCAAUGACACUGUUACUACUCGCUCCUCACAAAACCUAGCAAAGCCUUAUCGGACCCUUCUCAUAUACGUCAAGGGUCCCAUUAGAAAACGAAAUUAUUCAGUUCACUACAUAACUCGUCACCAAGGUCGUGUCAAAACAAAAUCUGUGCGACAAGGGUGGGGGGGUGUCCAAAAACUGCACCUAAUUUAGGCGCCCUUCCCCACAAAAGUAUAUUUUAAAUACAUACUAUGCAUGAAAAUUGACCAUUUGGCGCCCUUUUCAAGAUGGUGCUCGGGGGAGGUUGCCCACUUCACCCCUCAUUUGACGGGGCGCUGUCCGUCACAUAUCCCUGAUGGGCCGGCCGAUGUAUUCUCAGAUUGUGGUCGAGGAGUUCCUAGAAGACAUCAACAACAUGCUCAACUCUGGGGAGGUACCCAACUUGUUUGAACCGGACGAGUAUGAGAAACUCAUCAUC